UAUUCUACAAAAUAAAUCCUAAAGAUUAUUAGCUAUGCAAUGGUGGAUAUAUGCAAUUACUUGGUUUGUUAUUUACCUUGACAAGUUAAAUGCGGUAUGUUACACUCCACCAUGGAAAUCGCCAAACAAUGAUUCCCUUCAUAUUACUAAUUACACAUACAGCUGUUCAAUAACGAAACAAGGAGUAGUCACUAUCAAGGUUGAAGAAGAAAGUGAAAUAGCAUGUCCUACAUUUUGGAGACCGUGGCGCAAGUGUAAAAUCAAAAAAGACGUGUACAAAACAAUAACCCAGAUCGAUUAUAUAGUUGACUAUGGAACAAGUUUAAGGUGUUUUGAUGGAUACGAACUAAACAAUAAAAGUUAUUGUAUCCCGAAUUGUGGUGUGGAAGGAUGUGAGCAUGGCAUUUGUAUAAGUCCAUUAACUUGUUCUUGUGAUGAUGGUUUCUUUGGUUCAAACUGUAAAACUAAGUGCCCAUAUAAUCGGUAUGGAAAAAAUUGUGAAAAGUCUUGUAUGUGUAAAAAUGAUGGCAAUUGUAGCAAUGUCAAUGGAAUAUGUUCUUGUCAGAAAGGAUGGGUUGGUAAUUAUUGUGAAAAUAAAUGCACAAAUGGUACCUAUGGUGACCAGUGUUUAAACAAAUGUGAAUGUGCAAAUGGUAUUUGUGAUCAUGUUGAUGGAAACUGUAUUUGCUCUAAAGGCUUUACAGGAAUAAGAUGUAAUGAAACGUGUCCUGCUGGCACUUAUGACCAAGGAUGUCGGAUGAAUUGUACAUGUAAAAAUAAUGCAACGUGCAAUCCUAUUGAUGGAAAAUGUAAUUGUAAACCUGGAUGGAAGGGCCAAAAUUGUGCAAUCCCAUGUUCAAAAGGAUAUUUUGGAAAUGGUUGCUCAGAAAGAUGUAUCUGUAAUAAUUACAGAACAUGUAAUCCAGUAAAUGGAACUUGUAUUUGUAAACCUGGAUAUACAGAUUCAAAAUGUGGAACUAAAUGUAUGGAUACAUAUGGAGAAUCUUGUCGAAAUUCAUGCCAGUGUUAUGUUAACAACACUAAAGAAUGCAGUAAUGUUGAUGGAACUUGCAGCUGCCAUAAAAACUGGACUGGAGAAUUUUGUCAAACAUCUUGUGAAAACAACACAGAAAUAUGUAUGAUUGACUGUAAAUGUAAAAAUGGAACUUGUCUGUUUGAUGGCAAGUGCCUAUGUCACGAUGGCUUCUUUGGUGACCUUUGUGACCAAGUUUGUGUAAAUUCAACUUUUGGAUCAAACUGCACAGAAAAAUGUAGCUGCAAAAAUAAUGCAACUUGCUCUCCUAUUGAUGGAGUUUGUUCUUGCGCUGAAGGCUGGACUGGAACUGAUUGCAGCAUUGAAUGUGAUAAUGGGUUUUAUGGUAAAGACUGCACUCAAAAUUGCAGUUGCUCUAUUCAUGGAAAAUGUAAUAGAUUUUCAGGAGAAUGUCAAUGUUUUGGGGAAUAUCAGGGGGAAACUUGUGAAACAAAGUGUAGUAAUUGGACAUUUGGAAUAGGCUGUAAUAACACAUGCAUUUGCUUACAAAAUAAUUCUGUUAGUUGUCAUGGAAUGACUGGAGAAUGUCUGUGUGAUGAUGGAUGGUUGCCACCAAACUGCAGUAUGAAGCAAGUAUGCAAUGGUUCAUACUGGGGAAACAAUUGCAAGAUGUCUUGUCAAUGCUUAAACAAUGCUCAUUGUGAUUCACGAACUGGCCAUUGCAGAUGUGCACGCGGCUAUUAUGGAAAAAUUUGUGAACAUGAAUGUGUUUCCGGUACAUUUGGUGAUAACUGUUUAUCAAACUGCUCUUGUACCCAUAGUAGUGCUUGCCAUCACAUAACUGGAAUAUGUAAUUGUACUCAAGGCUGGCAAGGUGAAACAUGUAACCAAAUGUGUAGCAAAGGAAAAUACGGACUUGGCUGUUCACAAAUUUGUAAUUGCAUUAAUGGUGGUGAGUGCAAUCAUAUAUCUGGUUCUUGUCAAUGUGUCCAACCUGGAUGGAAGGGUGAAAGAUGCAGUGAAGCAUGUGAACAAUGGAAACAUGGAAUAGACUGCGAACAAGAUUGUACUUGUUUUCCUAAUAACACUCAAUCUUGUGAUCCUAAAUCUGGAACAUGUACUUGUAAAUCAGGGUUUAUGCUUCCAUCUUGUACUUCAAUUUGUACUACCGGUACUUGGGGUUUCAACUGUUUUCAGACAUGCGAGUGUAAUGCAUCCAAUUCUGAAAACACUACAUGCGAUGCUGAAACAGGACAGUGUGAAUGUCUUGCUGGUUAUAAAGGAAGACAGUGCAAUCAAAUAUGUGAAGAAGGAUUUUUUGGUAAAAAAUGUCUUGAUCAAUGUGUCUGUAACUUUACUGGCAUGUCAGGGUUCUGUGAUCAUGCAUCUGGAAGAUGUUUUUGUAGUUCUGGGUUUUUAGGAAUAAUAUGUAAUGAAACAUGUGCAGAUGGUUUUUGGGGUGUCGACUGUUCUCAGGCAUGCAACUGUAAUGCAUUAAAUUCUAAAAAUACUACAUGUGAUGCUGAAACAGGACAAUGUGAAUGUCUUGCUGGUUAUAAAGGAAGACAGUGCAAUCAAAAUUAUAGAAAAUCAAGCCUAUUCAACAAAUAUAUACCAGUAGGGUCAUCUGUUAUUGUAUUGGUCAUUGUUCUUAUUGGAUUCAUUACUUUUCGAAUGCUCAGAAAGAGAAAGUUAAUGAAUGAAAAGUUUGAUCAAAAGAUAAGCAAAGCACAAAUGGAUAAUGACGGGUUUGAGUUAAAUGAAUCAGUUAGUAACCCAAUAUAUGAUCUCACCUCAAAAAGCUCUUUUUAUGAUGACAAGAAGAAUCUCAAGGUUGAAAAUGAAAGUGAUGAUUAUAGUGUUUUGUUCAAAAAUAAAAAUAAUAAAAAAGGGAGCAUUGACCGUCCUGAUUUGUCGUUCAGAAAGAGUGGCCAAGGAAUAAGUGAAAACUUACUUUAUGAUGAGCUCAACCAAACUAAUGAAGAAAUGAAUCAAAGUUAUGAUGUGCUGGAACAUGAUAAACAUAAAAGAAAGAGUCAGAUAGACAAUUUAGAAAUUAAAAAUAAUUCUUAUGACGUGUUAAGUAAGAAAUCAUCAAAUUUAUACACUUCUACUCCAAUCAUGCAGAAAGAUUUGAAUGUUACUACAUCAUCUAGUACGAAUGUUGAAUCUGAUCAUUUAUACACUUCUACUGCAAGUAUGCAGAGAGAUUCUACUAAGAAUGAUUUUAACGUUACUUCAAACAUUAAUUACUAUGCUGUAUCCAACUGUGUGAAUGCAAAUUCUAUUUAUGGAGAUGCUAGAGGUAAUUGCAAAAGUACUACUAAAAAAGGUAAAAGCACUGCAAAAGAAGAUUAGAGAAUUUCUGACGGAGAUAAAAGUAACGCUAAAAAAGAUAAAAAAUCUUCUAAAGGAGAUAAAAAGUACUAAAAAACCUGCACCGUGUUUUUUUAUUUGUUUGAUUCAAAGAAUUUGUUUUUAUAACUUAUA